AUGACGCAGGCUAGAGCUCUCCUGCUGCUCUGCACUGCCUUGCUCCUCAUUGCGGGAGGAAAUUGUGACAUCUCCCCAGCAGUGAGGGAGGAUGUUUACCUGUUUGUGAAGGGAACCCCUGAAGAAUACAUUGCUAAAGUGAAAGAAUAUAACACAAACAGUGCGAUAGUGGCCAAUGCCAGAAGGCUGAAAGGCAGAGUUGAUGAGAAGUUGACAGAAGAGGAUAAGCAGAAUGCUCUCAGCAUCCUGAAUAAAGUAUACUCAAGUUCUCUCUGCUGA